AAAAAACACUCUUAAACAUCAUUUCGAUUUUGAAGUUUGUUUAGCUAACAAAACUCAUAUUUUAUUAUUUUGUCCUGCUGCAGCAAGAUAAAUCAAAUAUUUAAGAUAUCACAAUGAGUCUAUAUAAUAUUUUAUUUAAAAGAACAUCAACCUACGCUGUAGGUAUUGUUGCAUCGGUAUUCUUUUUCGAGAGGACAUUUGAUUUGGCAGCUGAAUCAAUUUUCACCUCAGUAAAUAAAGGCAAACUAUGGGAAGAUAUUAAGCAUAAAUAUGAGUAAAUUAGUCAGAAAAGCCAAAAUCCAUAAAAUAUUUAGCUAAUGUAAACUUUAUUGUAUAAAUAAAAAUCGAAAGAACAAAAAAAAAAACAAAUUAUUGUUCUUGUAUUCAA